UCGUGUCGCGAAAUCAUCAGUGUUGACGAGAUGAUCGGUUAAUUGUUAUGCAGGUAAUUAAUAGCAGACGACAAUCUCUCAGUCGCAUGUCGUUGCGUCAACACACUGCCAAUCCGUAGGAUGUACAUGUACAUGUGCUGAAGCCUUGUUGCUGACUCCGUGUUCAGUUUGAAUUCAACUUGGCGUCGAUUUUAUUACAAUACAAAUGCAGUCUUGGCAGUAACAGAGGCUUCGAAGACAGGCAUCUUAAUUCAUAUAAAUUAGUCAGCCAGCAGAGAGGAUACCAAACCGAGAAGGCACUGAAGAGCAAAAACCCAGCUGAAAUUCCAGAUCGUUUUGUGUUAAACAAAAUAAGUAUGUGAUACAGGCCCAAUUACAAGUGUUGCCUCUGGCAUUCCAGUGAGCGAUAUACAACUCACAAGUGACAAGAAUGAGUGUGAGUCCGCCAGAUUUUAAGGUUGUGUUACUGGGCAAUUCGUUCGGAGGGAAGACUUGCCUGAUUGAGAGGUACACCAAUGGCAGAUUUCUUGAAGGUGGUGCAUGCAUUGCAACAGUUGGUGCAGCGUAUCAUGCUAAGAAACUUCAGGCGUGCGGCCGAAAAUUGAUCAUGGGAAUUUGGGACACGGCGGGAAAUGAACGAUACACGGCCCUGAGUCGGCUGUACUACCGAGGGGCCCAGGCUGCCGUAUUAUGUUAUGAUCUGACAAACCCAACCAGCUUUGACAGGGUAAAGUUCUGGCUGGAAGAAGUGAAGAAGAGCGAAGAGUUUUGCAAGAUAUAUCUGUGCGGUACUAAGUUUGACCUUGUGGAGGAGAAUAGGAAGGCUAGACGGGUGGACAGUGACAUCGUGGCAGAUUACGCCAAAGAGUUUCGUGCACAAGUUUUUGAAACUUCAAGUAAAACUGGUUACCAUGUCAAGGAGCUGUUCUUGAAAGUUGCCAAAGAUUAUGUCGAUGAUACGGCCGCUGAGCAUCUGGAAAUCACUUUCAACGAGCAUGUGUUUCAUGGUUGCUGCCCCUGCUAACCAGUCACAUCAUGUGUGUGUCCCGUGAGAAUCGCAAUCAAUCCCAUCCACCUCUUUUUCCUCUUGUGAGAUACGUGCCACAGUCGUUAACACAAGUUAAGGAAAUUUUGGAAAUGGAGGCCUCUGGUAAGGAUAUUCACACUUGCAGCCAGAUCAGUGUCAGAGACGAUUUUAGAUACACAAUGAACAUUUAAGAGCUCUUGCCAAUUUGAUGCUGUUAUUAGUGUACACAGGACACAAGUUAUGUUUGUCAUCUGUCAAUGUUAUAAGAAAAGUAUCACCGUCAUAGUAAUUUUUAAGAAUGAAUGGGAUUGGAGAUCUUGACUGAUGCUUCCAGGAUUCAUUCGCCAGACGGGCAUUAAAAAUUGGAGACUUUCCUGAAAGUCCCACUUUCCUGGUCACAACCUGCCCCACCUGUCUGGCUUUGCACUGGGCACUCACAAAUUGUAAUAACUGAUUAAUGAGAAGAAUUGGGUAACUUCCUGUAACUGAUUGUUACCACCAUGAGAUUGAGAAUACCCUGAAACUGUGAGAGUUGCUUGACAUCAAAAUGUCACCAAACGAAGACAUUUCAUCCAAAGAGGUGGAGAAACCAUGCCCAAGAAAUAUACAGGGUGCCCCCUCCCCCCCAAAAAAGCGACCCAGAAGUAAAAUUCAUUUUCUCCCCAAAUAAUCAACUUAAACCUGAGGAUCUUUUCUUUUCAAAACUGAAGACUUCAUUUCAAUCUAAUGAUAGGUUGCAGAUAUAUUUCCGAUGUUGCAAUACAACUAAUUCUUGUUCUGUCAAAUAAAAUCAAUACAGUUUUGUUUUGCAGGUGUUUGCAGUCACCGAAUUCAAAUCCUAAAUUAUCACGUGCCUGUUAAGGUUCCUGACUUCAUUCAACUUUCCCGCUAGCUCUAAACGGGAUGAAACCGAGGCUUAUUUCAGAAGGUAGUGGUCGUUCAUUAAUUACAUAGUUCUCAAAGUCGAAAGAGACUUUUUCAGCUGAACCUGUGCAACUUUCCCUCAGUCAUUUUGUAACAAGGUGCUGAUCCUAUGUACUUCUGUAACAUUAACCACCUUGAUCCACUCCGUGGUCCUGUUUGUUGCUGGAAAAUAAGAGUUUUUGCAUAACACAUGCACCCUGUUCAGCUCAGUGUACUCACUUUGCAGGCCUUUCCAAUGAUCCCGCACACUGAAGGCUAUCAAAGAGCUUAAUCAGAAUGUUGUUGAGAGUUUAGGGGAGAAAAUGGAUACCACUUCUGGUUUUUAUUUGUUUUUGUAUUUGCAGGUCAUUCUGUAAUUUUUAGUUCAUUAUUAAUGCAUUUAGAUUUUUCUGUGAAUGUAUGAUAUAAACAAUCAUUGUACUAUUUUUCCAGUGUUUUAUUAAAAAAUAAAUUCUACUCCAAAAAAUGUGCUGUAAAAGCUUGUAUUGUACCAUCCAAGCCUCCAU